AUGCCGCCAACCCGAUUCUCCAUAUCUGACAUUCGCAACAAGCACAAACGCCAGGAUGUGUAUCGGCGGCGUCUCAAAGAGGGUCGACAAGAAAAACUGAGGCGAAGAUUAGAACGGGCCAAAGCGGAGAAGGAGGAUCCCGAGCUGAGAAAGGCACGUUUGCACCAUAACAUCCCAAAGACACUCGAUAACAUGAGGGAGUAUGAUCCCUCGAUGCUCACCGCCAGUUCGCAAGCCCAUCCCCAGUCUUCUACAGCAGCACACGUAGGGAGAGAGAUGCAUCCAGAGUCUGCACUUGACAUCCAGAAUGACCCCUUUGCCGCAUAUUUUUCGUCGGAGAAUGAUCCAACUCUUGCGCCAAAAGUCCUUGUUACCACCUCUACGAAGGCGACCAAUGUGACGUAUGAAUUUUGCCAUGAGCUUUGUGGAAUCUUUCCCGGAGCUCAGUUUGUACGACGAAAAAAGGGCCAGGAUUUCCAGAUAGGAAAGAUCGCUGAGUGGUCUGCCAAGAGAGGCUACAGUGCAUUAUUGGUUGUCAAUGAGGAUCACAAAGUACCCAAUGCAAUCACACUCGUGCAUCUUCCAGAUGGGCCGUCGGCCUUAUUCAAGUUGUCCUCGAUACGACUCUCCAAAGACAUCAUUGGCCAUGGGAGAUCAUCAGGUCAUCAUCCUGAGCUCGUCUUGAAUGGGUUUGUAACCCGACUAGGACAUGCUGUUGGUCGCAUGUUUCAAAUACUCUUCCCUCCGUUGCCAGAAUUCGAAGGCCGACAAGCCGUAACUUUGCACAAUCAAAGAGACUUUCUUUUCUUCCGUCGUCAUCGCUAUGUGUUCAAAUCUACAGAGAAGACAGGUUUGCAGGAAAUUGGACCUCGCUUUACGCUCAAGUUACGCUGGCUUAAGAAAGGACUCCCUACAGCUAAGGAGUCACAAGCACCGCCUGAGCUACACAUUGCAGACGGUGCAGAAGAACAGAUAGGAUCUGUGGAAAUGGCAGGAGAAACAGACUAUGACUGGUUGUGGAAGCCAAAGAUGGAAGUGAACCGACGAACAUUCUUCUUGUGA